AUGACAAGCAACAACACAACUUAUGCUACUUACGUACCAUCUAAGGAUUGUCCUUAUUAAGGACCUUAUAAAUUAGAUUUGAGAUGUAGAUAUUAUUAUCAACCAACUGUAAGUAAUAUUUCUACCUAGGUUUUUGCUCCUUCUCUAAAUUUUGGUUCAAAUGGCCCUUAUUAUUCUAGCAAUUUUUGUUAAAGGAGAGUUGAUUUGAGCUCCAAAUAAGAAAAUGAUAUCUUUUCAAUAUUGUGUAUCACUCUUAAUCUUUAAGUUAUCCCCGUUUAUUUUUAAAAUUUUGGAUAAAAUUCUAAAUUUCAAAUGCUUAUAGAUCCACAAACUUUUUCACUAGUCUAUAAUUCUUAAACAAAAAACUAGUCUUUUCUGACUUCAAAUACUAUAAUGUAGGUGGAAACGGACUAUCUCUAAGAUAAAUCCCAAGCUAAAAUAUUUCUUGGAAAUUUAACUGAAAGCUCAAAUUUUAUAAUGAUGAAUUCAAGUAAUUAUUAGUUUAAUUAUUAGUUAGAUACCAGCUAGAAAGUAUUUGAGUAUAACAGAAACGGUACUGAUUGUUUUGUUUUGUUAAACAUUAUCUCAAUGGUUGAUAAAGUACCAAGGUGUGUUCUUAUUUUUAGAUGUCUUGUCUAAAGAAAAUUUGUAGAUUUACUCUAAUAAUUUACAAAAUACUAUUUACACUUAUAAUAACAUAUUUACUUAUACAAGCUGGGGAUUAAUUUUUAUUAUUUUAGGAAUUUAAUUUUAUUACUCUAUAAAAAUGGGAAGGUAUAUUCUCAAUCCUGUAAUCCAUCUUACUUAAAUACUAAAAUAAAUUAAAGUAUUAAAUUCAAAAUAGAGUUAAAAUGCAAAAGAAACCCCGAUUGA